AUGCUGUUAAAAUGCGGAGCUCUUGUGGAUGUAAAGCGUGGCGAUGGAUGCACCCCGCUACACGAGGCUGUUAGAGCUGUAGAUAUUGUUAAACUUCUUCUAGAGAAUCAAGCCGAUGUGAAUGCCAAGGAUGAAGAGGGAGACACACCACUGACUCUCGCAGUCAAUGAUUACAGAGACACUGAUGGUGUUGUCGAAUUUCUGAUUGCCUCUGGCGCUGAUGUCAACCACAGAAACAAAUUUGGCAUGUCUCCACUAUGGCUGGCCGCUGAACGUCGCUCCAGAAGGCGCCUGGUAGGGCUGAUCCGUGCGAAAGCCGAUUUAGGUCACGACGACAAUCAACAGAAGUCGGCGCUGUCAAUAGUGCUCGAUAAUUUCUUCCCCCACAAAGAGGUUCAGGAAACAGCUACACUACUGAUAGAACAUGGGGCCAGUGCAGAAUUUGUUAAACCUGACAUCAUUCAUCGCCUUAUCGCUGCUGGAAAUAAUGGCCUUCUGAUUCAGAAACUCACGACGUCCGGCGUUUGUCCAUCAGACAUUGUUUUAAAUAAGACAAAUUUUAACUGGCCUGGGACUUCUUUAUCACCACUCGCCGUUUCCUUGAUUUUAGAUAAUGUGGACUUUGUCCAAUAUUUUUUCGAGAAUUGGUUUUUAACUAAAUCAGACAUCAAAAUUUUAUGCAGAAACAAAACGAUUAUGAAUUUCUUACAACAGCGCAGAACUAAAGCUCUUUCGUAUCUAAAACAAGUUUCCCGCCAACCAAUGAGGUUGGAGCUUUUGUGCUUCACUACAGUCUCGUCUGCUUUAGGCUCAGACCGGGGCAGACGUCAAAGGGUACACAACUCUGAACUUCCAGUCCCCAUUCAAGACAAGUUAUUGUUUUUAAAAGUAGAGGAAAAAGUCCUUGAAGAAGUGGCUGAAGAUGGCAUUAAGUUUCUUCAUGAAUUGUCUCAAGAGGACUUAGAACGUACAAGGCGCAAUCGCAUUUCGGAAAUCUCAGUAGCCUCGAGGAUUCGCUUCACUACUGAUUCUAGAAUUUUGAUCCGCCAAUGAAUACAGUGCUAGUAGCUUUUAUAUCAUACAUUUGUAGCCUGUAAUUUUAUGUAACAUUUUUUUUUCUAAAUACAA